AUGAAUCGCUAUGCGCUGACGAAGAAGCUGGGUGAUGGCACUUAUGGGUCAGUGGUGAAGGCGGUGAACCGACAAACCGGCGAAGAAGUCGCCGUGAAAAAGAUGAAGAAGUUGUUUACGAGCUGGGAAGAAUGCAUGCAGCUUCGAGAGGUGAAGUCCUUGAAGAAGCUGAGCCACCCCAACAUCGUCAAGCUGAAGGAGGUUAUCCGAGAGAACGACGAGCUAUUCUUCGUGUUCGAGUUCAUGGAAGGAAACCUCUUCGAGCUCAUGCAGGACCGAGGUCGAAGUUUCCCGGAGCCCAAGAUCCGCAACAUCAUGUUCCAGAUGAUGCAGGCGAUUGCCUUCAUGCACAAGCACGGCUUCUUCCACCGCGACAUCAAGCCAGAGAACACGCUCAUCAAGGGCGACACCGUCAAGGUGGCCGACUUCGGCCUGGCGCGAGAAACCCGCUCGCGCCCACCCUACACAGAGUACGUGUCGACAAGGUGGUACCGGGCGCCAGAGGUCCUCAUGCGGUCCACGCACUACAACUCGCCCAUAGACACGUGGGCGUGCGGGUGCAUCAUGGCGGAGCUCUUUGCCCUGGGAGCCCUGUUCCCGGGCACGAGCGAGGCCGACCAGGUGUACAAGAUCUGCUCCGUGUUGGGCACGCCGACCGCGGAGACGUGGCCCGAGGGCCUCAAGCUGGCGGCGCAGAUGCAGUUCCGGUACCCCCCGUUCGUGCCAACCCCCUUGGCGCAGCUCAUCCCCAACGCUAGCUUCGAGGCCCUGGCCCUGCUCUCGGACCUCAUCCAGUUCGACCCUUACCGGCGACCGACCGCCAGCCAGGCGUUACAGUACGCCUUUUUUCAGGCGAACUCCACGUUGGCGCCGGCCAAGCCGGGCGGCGGGGCCGGCGGGGCGCUCCAGCAGCAGUGGCUUCAAGGGACGGGGGGAGCGGACGCGGCGCAGAACCUCAUCCGACAGCCGAGCUACGCCAGCACGUACCAGGGCGUGGGGGCAGGUUUCGCCAAGGCACCACGGGUAUCAGGAGGAGGAGGUGGAGGAGGAGCGGAAGGCUUGGGCGUGGCGCGCUCGGGUGGUAGAUCAGGGCAGGGGUCGGGGAAAGGGUUCGAAUCGGGAGGCACACAAUCAUUGGGGAGUUGGAGAGGGGGAGGGGGUUCCGGAGCAAUAGCGGCACCUUCGGCAGCAGCAAGAGCCGCCGGCGCCUCAGGGAGCAGUCAGACGGAAGCACGCGACGCUGGCGGGUAUGGGCCCAGAGCCCUCAACGCCGGGUCGAGCGGGGCGAGCUCGGGAAUGAUGGGGAGAGGCUCGGGGGCUCGCGGAGGAGUUGCGGGGAGGAGAAUGUCGUCGGGCCUUGGAAACGUCGAGGUUUCCAACAGCGCCGGGCGUGUGCCUGGGGGGGUCGGGGACAGCGGCAGCGGAUCUAAGCCCCGCAGUGGCCGCUACACUCGGUUAGCGAGGUACGGUCCGGCGCUUGGCUCUGGCCAGGCUCAGGGAUCAGCCUCGAAGCAGUACAAAGCGCCGCAGGCGCGGGCGUACAACCUGCGCUCGGGAGCGGCGCAGUUCAGCGCGGCCGCUAUGGGUCUUGGGGGAAGCAGUAGUGAUGUCGGAGGUGGCGGGGGCGGGGGCGGGGGCGGUGGUGGUGGUUUUGGCGCUGGGAGUGCUGGCACUAGCGGUCUGACAGCGCAGCGAACAGGCUUGGGAGGUGUGGCGGCGGCAAAGCCGCCAUAUGCGGUUGUGCCUGGGGGCAGCGGUGGGGUAGUGCCGUCGUACGGAGGCCGAAGAGGGUCAAACACGACGACAGUCGGUGUCGGAGGGGGCAGUUCAGGAGGGUAUGGAGAGGGGGGCGGGGUUGGUUUCGGGCGGCAUAAAUACGGCUGA